AUGAGAGUAGCAAUUAUAGCUGGUAUAUACUUGCUAUCAAUGCUUUCAACAGCUAUUGCAACUGCAAGGUGUGCAAUGUAUGGAAAUUGCGGGAAGAAGAACUUAUUUGGUGCAAAGCUACCUUGCCCAGUAGAUGAGGAAUUCACCCCUGACCGUAUUGGUGUUGAUGACUCUAAGCUAUUGGUUCAGCUAUGCGGAGCAGAAUGGUCUCAAUUAGACUUCGUUUGUUGUACUGGGGAACAGAUUCAAAACCUAAAAAAGAAUUUAAAGAGAGCAGAGGCAAUUAUUGCCUCCUGUCCUGCAUGUAAGAAGAACAUGGUGGACCUCUUCUGUCAUUUUACCUGCUCUCCAAAGCAACGUGAUUUUGUUAAUGUUACAAAAAUUCAAUCAUCAAUGGAUCAUAAACCAAUUGUGAAGGAACUAGAUGUCUAUUUGGCACCUGAGUUUGCUUCAGCUUUCUAUGAUUCCUGUAAGAACGUCAAGUUUUCAGCGACUAAUGGCUAUGCUAUGGAUCUAAUCGGGGGUGGCGCUAAGAAUUAUAAAGAGUUUUUAAAGUUUUUAGGUGAUGAGAAGCCAUUGCUUGGAGGUUCUCCAUUUCAAAUCAAUUACCUCUAUGAUGAUUGGGGAACUGGGUACACUAUGUUGAACGAAACCGCCUACUAUUGUGAUGAUGAUGUGUUUAAGUGCGCGUGUGCUGACUGCCCAGAAGCUUGUCCAACAUUAGCAGCUCUUCCUUCGAACUCCUGCACAAUUGCAAACAUACCGUGCUUCUCAGUUGGAACACUCGUGUUGUAUAUUGUAACAUUUCUGAUUAUGGUUGGGGUUCAUGCGUAUGUUUUCUACAACCGCAAAAAGCGUGAAAUUGUGCUCGACAAUGAACAACAUGAAACUUUUAUCGAAGGCCAAGCAACCGGUGGCGAUAAUUUAUUCCAAGAAUAUCCUACGAGACGUCAUCUGCUAAAUGAUAAAAUAUCCUCAGUAAUUGGUUCAGUAGCUCAGCUAUGUGUGGAAAAACCAUAUUAUGUUAUUCUUGCUGGAAUUACAUUAAUUUCAGCAACGGCCUCCUUGCUUGCGUUUUAUGCUACAUUAGAGACCGAUCCUAUUAAAUUAUGGGUCAACCAAAACUCAAAACAGUACAAGGAGAAGCAGUAUUUUGAUGAGAAUUUUGGACCGUUCUAUAGGAUUGAACAAAUGUUUUUGGUUAAUGAAACAGGGCCAAUUCUAUCCUAUGAUACAUUACAAUGGUGGUUUGAGAUCGAGAAAGAUUUAACAGAGAACGUACACUCCAAAGAACUUGUGACAUAUCAAGAGAUCUGUUUGAAACCUGCAGAAGAUUCCACUUGUGUGAUCGAGUCUUUUACUCAAUAUUUUGACGGCAUCCUACCAUCAGAAGAUUCUUGGCGUACAGAGUUGAAGAGCUGUACUGAUUCGCCUGUGAAUUGUUUGCCAUCUUUUCAACAACCAUUGAAGAGUAACUUGCUAUUCAGUGAUGCGAACGUUUUUGAUGCAAAGGCAAUAAUUGUCACACUACUCGUUUCAAACCACACAGAAUCUUCGAAAUUGUGGGAAGAAGCAAUAGAGGAGUACAUUUUGAAACUAAAUGUUCCUAAUGGCCUAAGGUUAAGUUUUACCACAGAAAUGUCUCUAGAAAAAGAAUUAAGCGGGAAUAAUGAUAUAACAAUAGUUGGCAUUUCAUAUAUUUUGAUGUUCAUUUACGCUUCAUGGGCUUUGAAAAAUAAACUAGGAAAAAACAGAUUUAUUUUAGGUAUGUCUGGCAUAAUGAUUGUUUUUGGCUCUAUUAUAGUGUCAGCAGGCCUAUUAUCUUUUAUUGGUAUCAAAUCAACAUUAAUAAUUGCUGAAGUGAUCCCGUUCCUGAUAUUGGCUAUUGGCGUUGAUAAUAUUUUUCUCAUCACCAGUGAAUACGACCAGAUUACCGAAAACAACAGUAUAUUGGACGUUAAUUCCAGAGUUUUAAUGGCUGUUAGAAGGAUAGUUCCAUCCAUAGUUUCCUCGGCCCUGUGCCAGAUUUUAUGCUUCCUCUUAGCAUUAUUUGUUUCCAUGCCUGCGGUACGUAAUUUUGCAAUAUACUCCGCGGUGGCAUUGGCCUUCAACUUCUUUUUCCAAAUCACAGUUUAUGUGUCCAUACUCUCACUAUUCGAAACAAAAUUUGAGAAGCAUCUUUCAGGGGAAUCGAUAGAGAUUACAAAACCUAGAAGCAUUGCAAAGUUUAAGAAAUUUAUGACAAAAAGAAGGAAAAUCGUUGGCUUCUUUACUUUGUGGACUUUACUCUCGUUAUUGUUCUUGCCUUAUAUCAAAUUAGGAUUAGAUCAAAGAAUGGCCGUCCCCCAAAGUUCUUACUUAGUGGACUACUUUAAUGACACAUACAACUACUUGAAUGUCGGCCCACCGGUUUAUUUCGUGAUAAAAAAUCUUGACUUUACCAAAAGAGCUAAUCAAAAGAAAAUAUGUGGGAAGUUUACCACUUGCAAUGAGUAUUCAUUAUCUAAUAUAUUGGAGCGUGAACGAAGUCGCUCAACAAUAACAGAACCUGCGUCAAUAUGGUAUGAUGAUUUCAUGAUGUUUUUAAACCCAAACCUGGACGAAUGCUGUAGGUUUAAGAAAGGUACUACAGAAGUUUGUCCACCAUACUUUCCAUCAAGAAAAUGUGAAACGUGUUAUCCAAGCGGGUCUUGGGAUUUUGAUAUGUCCGACUUCCCUGAAGAUGAUGAAUUUAUGGAUUUUUUCAACAUUUGGAUCAACUCACCUAGUGACCCUUGUCCCUUAGGAGGUAAGAUGCCCUACUCUAAUUCUAUUGUCUACAAUGAUACAAAUAUUGUUUCCUCCGUUAUAAGGGCAGCACAUUCGCCUUUAAGAUGCCAAGAUGACUACAUCAAAGCAUACUUAGACGGCGACCGUAUUUCAAAAGAAUUUGAAGGCUUGGAUGUGUUUGCAUAUUCUCCGUUCUACAUUUAUUUUGUACAGUAUGGGAAUCUACUGUCUUUAACCUGGAGGUUAUUGUCGACUGCACUGCUUGCAAUAUUCAGUGUAACCUGGAUACUACUCGGAUCCGUAGCAACUGCUGGGAUCUUGACUGGUACCGUAGCUAUGAUUUUGAUUGACAUAGGUGCAUGUAUGGUUUUCUUUAAUAUUCCAUUGAAUGCCGUGAGUUUGGUUAAUCUAAUAAUCUGCGUUGGAAUAACUGUGGAAUUUCUUUUCCAUGUGGCAAGGGCAUUUACCAUGGUUCCUGUAGGUGUAACGAAUAGUCGUACGUCCAGGUCAUCUUACGCUAUAUCAACUGUCGGUGGCUCUGUAUUCAAAGGUAUUACGAUGACCAAGUUUAUUGGUGUCGCGGUUCUAGCACUUGCGAAAUCAAGAAUAUUUCAAGUGUUAUAUUUUAGGAUGUGGUUCUGUCUAAUUACUAUUGCAGCCCUUCAUGCCCUUAUAUUCUUGCCAACUAUAUUAGCCUUUUAUGGAGGUAAGAGCUACGUUGACGGUUAUAGUGAACUAAGGCUAGUUGAUGUUGAAGAGGAGUAG